UAUGAAUGUUAUUUUCCUUUAAAAACAAACAUUAGAAUAAUGGAAAAUAUUAAUGAAGAUGAUAAUUCAUUGAUUCCCGAUGAUAAGAAUGAACAAGUUAAACCUGAAACAGUUUUUAAAAAACCUAUUUUAUUUGGCAAAAUCGGUCGUUUGCCAAAAAAAUUACCUGCCCCAAUAUCUCAAAAUUUUGAAAGUACAUUAGAAACUAACAAUAUUGAAAGUAAAGUUGAUAAACCUGAUGACAAAUUAAUAGAGAGACAAGUAGUAGCGAAGAAGGUUGCCCCUGAACCAGCUCCUGCCCAGGAAUUAAAAGAAAAAUCACUUCCCUUGCCAUACAAAGAACCUAUUUGGUCUGGAUUACCCAGUAGUAAUGGAAAAGACUAUUCAUUUGAUGUUUUAAAAAAUGGAGUUAUAAUAGAAACUGUUAAUCUAAUGGAAAAACCAUUUUGGGUUUUUGGGAGAUUUGUCAACUGUGAUAUUAUUAUGCAGCAUCCAACAAUAUCACGUUACCAUGCCGUUCUUCAGUACAGGAAAGAAGGUUCGGAAACAGAUGUUCCUGGAUUUUACAUCUACGAUUUAGGUAGUACACAUGGCACUUUUCUUAACAAAAAUCGACUAAAGCCUAAAAUCUUUGUCAGAAUUCAGGUUGGACACAUGCUGAAAUUCGGCAAUAGUACACGAUCUUUUAUACUGGAAGGUCCAGAAUAUGACGAAGAAGAAGAGUCAGAACUAUCAGUUACUGAAUUAAAAGAAAAAAGGGAUAAAGAGAUUCGGGAGCGAGAGGAGAGAAUGAUAAGACUGCAACAAGAAGCCGAGGAGAAAAAGAAGAAGGAGGAAGAACGCGGCGUAGAUUGGGGAUUAGGGGAAGAUGCAGAUGAAGAGACGGAUCUCUCCGAAAACCCAUAUGCGCAAACCAAUAAUGAAGAGCUAUAUUUGGAUGAUCCGAAAAAGGCGCUUAGAGGAUUUUUUGAACGAGAAGGUUUAGACUUGGAAUAUGAUUGUAACGAACAAGGAAUGGGUCAGUUCGUAUGUAAGGUGGAAUUACCUGUGGAUGACGAAAUGGGCCGACCUAUAGUUGCUGAAGUUCUCCACAAAGGCAAGAAAAAAGAAGCUGUUAUUCAAUGUGCUUUGGAAGCAUGUAGAAUCUUAGACAGAUUUGGAGUACUCAGACAAGCAACACAUGAAUCUCGGAAAAGGAAAGCCAAAAACUGGGAAGAUAACGAUUAUUACGAUAGUGAUGAAGACACAUACUUGGAUAGAACUGGAACUAUCGAGAAAAAACGCGAAAAGCGAAUGAACUCUAAAGCACCUCAAAAAGUAGAAACGUACGAAAGUUUGGUCGAAAAGGAAAAAUCAAUCUUGACUUCAAUAGCCGACACAGAAAAACAAAUAUCUUCCCUUCAGUUGAAAAUGGAAACGGAAGAGAAUCAAGACAACGAUGAAGAUUCUUUGGACAGUUAUAUGAAGGGACUUAAGGAUUCUAAGCCGGAUAAAAGGUCGAUAGCUAGACUUAAAACCGAUUUAAUAACACUAAGAAGUGAACAUUCCAAGGUGUUACAGUUAGUAAAUCUAGUAAAACCAGCCAAUUUACCUCCCUUGGUAACCAAAGAACCUAGUUCGAGUACUAACAAAGGAUCUGCAGCGUUGCCGCUCUUCGGUAAACGGAAAAAGAUUCAGAUUAAAUUUGAACAAAAGCCGAAAUACCAACCAAUUUCAAAUGAUGAUCUGGACGAUGAAGAAGAGGAAAAUGGCGAUUCUACUAAAAGUAGCCAAGAGAAGAAGCAAGUACAAAGCGAUGAAGAGUCUUCGACGUGCCUAUCAAAAGAUACAAAAGACGAUACUACUGACGUGAUUAAUAUAAGAAUAGCCGAAACUAAAGAACAACACAACCAGAAUAUUCAAGAGUCAAAAAGUGUAGGCCCUCCUCCCACAGUUUCACAGGUGGAUUCUUCUUUAGAUGUAAACGACUCCGCGGAUUUAAAAAUAUACUUAGAUUUGUUUAAUCGAAUUUUACAAAGGACUACACCUCUUUCUGCUAGUCAUCAAAAAUAUGUUGAUACUAUUAGAAACAGUAUGAACAAGGUCGCUUCUAGCGAAAGUCAACGAAGUCCGGAUCGGGAUAUUUGUUUGGCCGAAAAGAAGAAAUUUGAUACAUUAAUAUCAGAUUCCAACAAGUCUGAUAGUAAGGGUAGAUCACGAAUAUCAGAAACUGAACUUGAUAGAAUGUCAAAGAAUGUAGAGGAGCUGGAUAUUAUAACCGAAAAGAUAUGUAGCGUUGUCGACGAAGUAACAUUGUUAAAAAUUGACAUAAUUAAUUUUGCCAAAGCUGUGCUAACGGAUUGGACGCAAAAAUUGAAAAAUAAAGAAGAAAAUCAAUCGAACAUUGAACCUGUUUCUUGUAAUCCUCUCAUCCCUAAAUCCCCUGAAAAAAGAGUAAAUAUGGAUGUUUCUGACGAAAACCUAAAAGACGAAGAAUCUGAUUCACUUAAUGAAAAUACUGAAGUAGAAAGUUUUACUGACCAAAGAAAAAAGAAAAGGAAUCAAAGAAGAAUUCACCAAAGACAGGGGAAGCAGGAGCAAGAAAAACAAAAAGGUUAUGAAGAUGAUGCUUCGAGAGAAAAUUAUAGCAUGUGGGUACCUCCAAGCGGUCAAAGUGGAGAUGGAAGAACAAAUCUAAAUGAUAAAUAUGGCUACUAAAUACUAUCUACGUUUCUACAAAUGAAGACCUUAAUGCAACAUAUUGCAAGUUUUUUUUUAAAUCUGCAGAAUGCUAGUUUUAAUGUAAAGAUCUUUUGAUAUUUAAUUGUGUCAACCUUAUAGGAUUAUAAUUUAAUAUCUUGAGAAAAACAUAGUUUUGUGAAAAGAAUGGGGUAUAUUUGACAUACAUGUGGCAUAACAUGUUCUUGCUAAUUCUAAACUAAUCAGUAAAAGGACAGCAAAUAUUUGAUUUCACGCAAAAAGCGCCUUUGUAUCUGUUGAUACGUAUUUCGACCUAAUAGGUCUCA